GGGGAAGGAAAGAGAAAGGGCUGCCCAGGACUCCCACUCACUUCGUUUUCCUUAACCCGGAAAUGGUUCUCCUCCGUCUCCCCCUCUGCUGUUGAAAAGGGAAGAGAAUGACGGCCAGGUCUGGCCCGGCAUGCCCUGGGCUUCCGGUGACCUCUGGCCCUUUUCUGUCGUCCGCUCUCGCUUCCUAGUGUGCUCUCUAGCUCACUGUCUUCCUACUCUCCCUCAGUUUUCUUUCGCACGCCGCCUGGUGACUUUGGCGCCCGCGACCAGGAGAGAGGCGGUGGCGUAGGACACUCGUGAUGGCCGCCUCUAAGCCUGUGGAGGCGGCGGUGGUCGCAGCGGCUGUGUCCGGCUCUGGGAGUGGGGUGGCCGGUGGCGGCGGCGCGACUGUGGGCCCGGGCACCGGGGGCCUGCCGCGGUGGCAGCUAGCGCUGGCGGUCGGGGCGCCCCUUCUGCUGGGCGCGGGUGCCAUGUACCUAUGGAGCCGGCAGCGGCGGCGCCGGGAAGCCGGGGGCCGAGGCGACGUCGGCGGCCUGAAGCGCAACAGUGAACGGAAGACCCCCGAGGGCAGGGCCAGUCCCGCCCCGGGCACCGGACACCCCGAAGGCCCCGGUACUCACUUGGAAAUGAAUUCCCUUGAUAGAGCCCAAGCAGCCAAGAACAAAGGCAACAAAUAUUUUAAAGCGGGAAAAUAUGAACAAGCUAUUCAGUGCUAUACUGAGGCUAUCAGUUUGUGCCCCAUAGAGAAGAAUGCUGACCUUUCUACAUUUUAUCAAAACAGAGCUGCAGCCUUUGAACAGUUGCAAAAAUGGAAAGAGGUGGCACAAGAUUGUACAAAGGCUGUUGAACUUAAUCCCAAAUAUGUGAAAGCUCUGUUUAGACGUGCAAAAGCCCAUGAGAAACUUGACAAUAAGAAGGAAUGUUUAGAAGAUGUCACUGCUGUGUGUAUAUUAGAAGGGUUCCAAAAUCAACAAAGCAUGCUGUUAGCUGAUAAAGUUCUUAAACUUCUUGGAAAAGAGAAAGCCAAAGAAAAAUACAAGAAUCGUGAGCCUCUGAUGCCAUCUCCACAGUUCAUCAAAUCUUAUUUCAGUUCUUUCACGGAUGAUAUAAUUUCACAGCCCAUGCUUAAAGGAGAGAAGUCUGAUGAAGACAAAGACAAGGAAGGGGAAGCCUCAGAAGUGAGAGAAAAUUCUGGGUAUUUAAAGGCCAAACAGUAUAUGGAAGAAGAAAACUAUGAUAAAAUCAUAAGUGAAUGUUCAAAAGAAAUAGAUGCUCAAGGCAAAUACAUGGCAGAAGCAUUGUUACUACGAGCCACCUUCUACUUGCUUAUUGGCAACGCCAAUGCAGCCAAACCAGAUUUAGAUAAGGUGAUCAGUUUGAAAGAAGCUAAUGUGAAGCUUCAAGCAAAUGCUCUCAUCAAAAGGGGUAGCAUGUACAUGCAACAGCAGCAGCCUUUGCUGUCGACGCAGGAUUUUAACAUGGCUGCUGACAUCGAUCCUCAGAAUGCAGAUGUUUACCAUCACCGGGGACAGCUGAAAAUACUGCUUGAUCAAGUUGAAGAAGCAGUGGCAGAUUUUGAUGAAUGUAUUAGGUUAAGACCUGAGUCUGCUUUGGCACAAGCCCAGAAAUGUUUUGCAUUGUAUCGCCAAGCAUAUACGGGAAAUAAUUCUUCACAAAUCCAAGCAGCUAUGAAAGGUUUUGAAGAAGUCAUAAAGAAAUUUCCAAAGUGUGCUGAAGGCUUUGCACUAUAUGCCCAGGCAUUAACAGAUCAACAGCAGUUUGGUAAAGCUGAUGAAAUGUAUGAUAAAUGUAUUGAUUUGGAACCAGAUAAUGCCACAACAUAUGUUCAUAAAGGUUUACUUCAACUUCAGUGGAAGCAAGAUCUCGAUAGAGGUUUGGAGCUUAUCAGCAAGGCUAUUGAAAUUGACAAUAAAUGUGAUUUUGCAUAUGAAACCAUGGGAACUAUUGAAGUACAAAGAGGAAACAUGGAAAAAGCCAUUGACAUGUUCAACAAAGCUAUUAACCUGGCCAAAUCAGAAACGGAGAUGGCUCAUCUGUAUUCACUCUGUGAUGCUGCCCAUGCCCAGACAGAAGUUGCAAAGAAGUACGGAUUAAAACCACCAACAUUAUAAAAUGGGGGGGUAGGUUUAUCCCCUCUUCAACUGAACCCUAAGGACACUGUCAUGAACUGUGUUGAAUGGUGGAACUUAGUAUUUCUGUUUGUGCUGUUGUCAUUCGUUACAUCUGUUGAAGUAUUUAGGUGUUGUAGGAGUGGCUGUUGAAGGAAGUACACAGUGUUGCAGCUUUUAUUCCUGUGCAACAAAAGCUUAGAACUUAUUAAAGGGACAUUAAAAUUAAGUUGCAAAGAGUACAAAUGAUAAUUGGCCAUGCAAAUAAAAACUGAUUAGUUGACUUGGCUUUUUUUUUUUUGGUGGUGGGGAGAUAAUUUUCUCUGUGUGUGUGUGUGUGUGUGUGUGUGUGUGUGUGUGUGUAAUAUCUAAGUAUUUUACAGCAUGUUGGUUUUUAAAUUAACAUAGUAAGUGCUGAGAGCAUACAUUUUAAAUUAACAUAGUAAGAAACAUAGGUUUCUUUUAGAUUCAGUUUAAUCCCUUUCAGCUGAUUUUUUUUUACGUGAGUUGCUUAAAUGGGGAUUUUAUUUUUAAGGCAUCAAAAUUAGACCCAUUAAACCAGGACAUGUACAAUGCCUCUGACUGUGCAGAACAUUAGAGAGACUCAAUGGCAACUCUUAAGCCUUUUGACACCUUUCAACUCUAAUGGAUAGUGUACAUUGUUCUUAAAGUCCACAACAGCUGAUCUUCAUACAGUAAAUUAUGCAGAAGCAAAAUAUUCUGAUAUAUGUGCUGGAAGGUUUGAGUAUUAAUGGGAGACUGGACCAGUCAAGAGGUAAGAUGAAAUGGAAGUGUGUUUAUGAUUGUUUGUGGCUAGUUUCUGUAAUAGGUACUGUUUAAUAGUAUAUGUUUUCAAAAAAGUAUAGGUUGGUCCUGUGUAAAAAGAUGAAGUGUGAUAAGUGGAAAUAUUUAAUUUGCUUCAAAUUUCUAGUGAAGAAAAUGUGGCUGAAGGUUCCAAAAGCAAGAUAGUCUUGGAUCUAGAAAUAACAUUUCCUGAAGUGACAAGUUUAGUGCCUCAACCAUGGGUGUGUGUGCUUAAGAAUUUUGGGUAUUUUCAAAGAUGCUGAGGACACAUGGAGUGCUUUUUAGUGUUGAAGUAACCUUGGUUUCUAAGGCCUGACUGACUGCCCAUGUCUUAGUCUUCACUAGGGAUACUGAAAGCAGAUUUGUUGUUUUGUCCAUUUUAUCUUUACCUCACUCUUUUACUUAGAAAUCACUUUAUGGUUUUCUUUCAACUGUCAUUUUAUAGACCAUCCUUUUGCUUAUAUGAUGUACUUUUCUGGUUGGGGGACAGGUUUUGUUCUCAAGCAGUCUCUUGAGAUAUAUGGGGUUGGUAAAGGUUUAUUUAAAUCUGAGGUAUAAUAAAAGUACAAAUUUUCAGUUAUACUUUUAAAUUAAAUCUAAUUAAAGGAGCAUUUUACCCUUCUUUAAAAGGGUGCUUUAUCCUAUUGAAACCAAAAAUAUUGUCUACAAAUAUUUUUUUUAGAAACUCUUAGAAAAGAUUCCCUUCCAAAGUCAGAGACUGGAAGAUAUGAAGGGGCAGUUGAUAUAAUUUAAGAUGACUUGGAUAAUGGUAAGUUUGAGAGCUCUGCAUUUUAGUUUUUAAAUUAUGUACCUACUAUCAUGGUCCCUGAAUACAGAAAUGUUCUACAUCUCUGAAUAACCUCUGAUGUAAAGUUUUUAUUUGCAUGGCUGUAUUUACAUUAACACUGAUAUUUCCUUCUACUCCUCUUCCUUCCUACCCUUUAAGGUUGGGUAGAAAAACACACAAAGGAAACUGAAGCAUGCGCCAUUCAAUACUGUCAUUCCAAAUCCUCAUGGACUAUUGCCUGUUCAAAAAAUAUUUGAGACUGCACUGAAAGCUGCAUUUGUCUGUAUCGUUUCUUUUGUAAAUGACCUCAUGUAAAUUCACCAAAUAAAUACUACAUUCAGGC